AAAGCUCCGUCCCCGCUCCCGGAGGUCCCCGCAUCCCCAGCGCUCGUCCCGCGUGGGGCGGCCGGAGGUCCCGACUCCCCCCGCAGCGCCGGAGGAAGCGGCCGCUCCCGCAGCUCCAUGGGGAACCUACCGGCCGUGCUGCCCGGCGCCGCGCGCUCCUGCGGGCUCUGCUCCCGGCAGCUCAGCCCCGCGCCCGAGGACGGGUCCGGCCCCGAUAAGGGCAGCCCGGCGCCCCCCCGGCACGCAGAGCCCACGCGCUUCGCCCGCCUGAAGAACUGGGAGACGGGGAGCAUCGCCUACGACACGCUGUGCGCCCAGGCCGAGCAGGAGGUUCCGUGCUCGGCGCGCCGCUGCCUGGGCUCCCUGGUGCUGCCCAAGCAGCUGCCCGUGCCCGGCGCUGAGGGCGGCCGCAGCGGUGCUGAGCUGUUGGCUCUGGCGCGGGACUUCAUCGACCAAUACUACGCGUCCAUCCGGCGGGAGAGCUCUGCAGCCCACGUGCAGCGGCUGCGGGAGGUGGAGGCGGCGGUGCGGAGCACGGGCACAUAUCAGCUACAGGAGGCUGAGCUCAUCUUUGGGGCCAAGCAGGCCUGGCGCAACGCGGCACGCUGUGUGGGGCGCAUCCAAUGGAACAAGCUGCAGGUGUUCGAUGCUCGGGACUGUGCCAGCGUCGGGGAGAUGUUUGGGUUCCUCUGCUCCCACAUCCAGUACGCCACCAACCGAGGGAACAUACGGUCGGCCAUCACCAUCUUCCCCCAGCGGACGCCGGGCCGGGGCGACUUCCGCAUCUGGAACACGCAGCUGAUCCGCUACGCCGGGUACCGGCAGCCCGACGGCUCCGUGCUGGGCGACCCAGCCAACGUGGACAUCACCGAGCUCUGCGUGCACUAUGGAUGGAGUCCGGGCAGCGGGCGCUUCGACGUGCUGCCACUGCUGCUGCAGGGACCCGACGAGGCCCCCGAGCUUUUCCCACUGCCAUCGGAGCUGGUCCUCGAGGUGCCCCUCACGCACCCCACGCUGGAAUGGUUUGGGGAGCUGGGGCUGCGCUGGUACGCACUGCCUGCUGUGUCCAACAUGCUGCUGGAGAUCGGGGGGUUGGAGUUCCCAGCAGCACCCUUCAAUGGUUGGUACAUGAGCAGCGAGAUCGGCACCAGGAACCUCUGUGACAGCCACCGCUACAACCUGCUGCAGGAGGUGGCCCUGCGCAUGGGGUUGGACACACGUAAGACUUCGUCCCUCUGGAAGGACAAGGCUGCCGUGGAGAUGAACAUUGCUGUGCUGCACAGCUACCAGGAGGCCAAAGUGACCAUCGUGGACCACCAUGCAGCCACCGAGUCCUUUAUUCUGCGGGCUUUGGGGAUGUUGUGGUGCUGGGAUGCUGGGGGCCGGGCUGCCGGCCCUGCUGCACGGUGCCCCCCGUGCCACGGAUGCGUGCUGCAGGACGCCCGUCUGUACGAGGACUGGAAGUGGUUCCGCUGCCCCACCUUGCUGGAGGUGCUGCAGGAGUUCCCAUCCGUGGGGCUGCCCGCCUCGCUGCUGCUCUCCCAGCUGCCGCUGCUGCAGCCCCGCUAUUACUCCGUCAGCUCCGCUCCCGACCCCAGCAAUGCACGCAUCGACCUCACCGUGGCCGUGGUCACCUACCAGAGCGAGAACGGGCAGGGCCCGCUGCACUACGGCGUCUGCUCCACCUGGCUGGCUCGGCUGCAGCCCGGGGACACAGUGGCUGCCUUCAUCCGGGGAGCGCCCUCCUUCCGGCCGCCCCCCACUCCUGAAGCGCCGUGCAUCCUUGUGGGGCCGGGCACCGGUGUGGCCCCAUUCCGCAGCUUCUGGCAGCAGCGCCUGCAGCACCUGCGGGGCAGGAGCCCGCUGGGCAGCAUGGUGCUGGUGUUUGGGUGCCGAUCCUCUGAGCUGGAUCACAUCUACCAGCGUGAGAUGGAGGAGGCGAGGGAGCAGGGAGCGCUCAGCCGCGUCCUCACUGCAUUCUCCCGUGAGCCAGGAACCCCAAAGACCUACGUGCAGGACGUGCUGCGGACACAGCUGGCAGAGGAGGUGCACAGGGUGCUGCGCGAGUGCGGGGGGCACAUGUACGUGUGUGGGGACGUGACGAUGGCCACCGAGGUGCUGCAGACCGUGCAGCACAUCCUGGUGCAGCAGGGAGGAAUGACCAUGGGGCAGGCGGGGGACUUCAUCAGCGAGCUGCGGGACAAGAACCGGUACCACGAGGACAUCUUCGGGCUGACGUUCCGCACACAGGAGGUGGCGUUCCGCAUCCGCAGCCAAUCCUUCUCCAUGCAGGAGCGCCCGGCCCCCGGCCCGGCCCCCUGACCCCCCCCCCCAACCCUGCGCUGUGGGCUGCGCCCCGCCCCGUAAAGCUUUAGUUUUGAUAAGCCCUGCCUGGCGUCCUGCGUCCCAGUGAGGCUGGGAGGUGCGGUGUGGG